AUGGCUGAUCACGACGACGAUCUCGCUGUCUCCAAGACCGAGGGUUUCAAGGUUGGAGAGAAGAAGACUCUCCAGGAGUACCAGGAACUCGACAAGGACGAUGAGGCCAUGAACCGCUGGAAGGCUUCGCUGGGUCUCAACCCUGGUAACCCCAUUGGCAAGCCCGGUGAUCCCAACUGUGUCAUCAAGUCCCUCGCCCUGGUCACCCCGGGCCGUGAGAAUGUCGUGAUCGACCUCUCUGACCCUAAGUCUCUCGCGACUCUGAAGGAUAAGCCCUUCACCAUCAAAGAGGGUGCCAAGUUCCACAUCAAGGCCGUCUUUCAGGUCAACAAUGAGGUUCUGAGCGGUCUCAAGUACGUCCAGGUCGUCAAACGCAAAGGUAUCCGUGUCAGCAAGGACCAGGAGAUGCUGGGCAGCUUCGCCCCCAGCACGACCGACAAGCCCACUUAUGAGAAGGAUUUCGCCGAAGAGGAGGCUCCUUCCGGCAUGAUCGCCCGCGGUCACUACAACGCAGUGUCUGUCUUCGUCGAUGACGAUAACCACACUCACCUCCAGUUCGACUGGUCCUUCGACAUCGCCAAAGACUGGUAA